AUGGCGGCGGCUAGGUACCCGGGCGACCCGCGUGCUAGGCCGGACCGCAGCUACUGCGCGGUGACGGCGACCGGCUCCAUCAGGCGCCGCCGCGAGGACCUCAUCAACAAGGCCGUCGUCUGCUGGCUGUACUCCAACAGCCAUGACACGGAAGCCCACCAUCUCGGCGACGCCAUCCGCGGCAGGCUGCAUCUUCGCCACGAGGACAUCCAGAUCGUGAAGCACUACCCCGAGCAGUUCCUGAUCAUCUUCUUCGAGCCGGCGAACAGGGAGCAGCUGCUGGACCGGGGCGUCAUCUCUGAGGGGGGGCAAGACUUCCACUUCGCCCCCUGGAGCGAGCGCCGCAACGCCGUCAACACCAACUGGGAGUUCCGCGUCAAGGUGCGCAUUGAGGGCAUCCCAGUGCAUUGCUGGGCUGAGGAUGUCGCAGCGCGAACACUGGGACGAAGCUGCGCUGUGCACUUCCUGGAGGAGAAGACAUGCCGCCGCGAGCGCACCAGGACAUUCGAUCUGUGGGCGUGGUGCUGCAACCCCUACGACAUCCCCAAGGAGGUCCUCCUCACCGUCACCGAGCCUGACAGGGAGCUUCCACCGACUUCGAUCCCGCUCCUCCAGGCGCCACCACGCCACGACAAGCCUGUCGACCUCAAGCGUGCCCACGUCUACACCUUGCGCAACCAUCUGGAGUGGGUGGAGGAUCUGACCAUUUUGCAGGGACGCGGCAGGGCGGGUGGCCCUAUGAACCGCAAGCCGCGCAGGGAACUUGUCUGGAGCUAUGGCGUCCCUGACUCAGUUGGCGAGCGUCCCCCGGGCAGACGGGGCGAUGAUCGUGGCCGAGGCUUUGGGCACCAUCAGAGGAGAGACGACUACGACUACGACUACGACCACGGCAGCCGCAACUAUGGCAUCCGCCGCCACCGCAGCGUCUCCAGCUGGGCCAGGAACUCGCGCUGCAGGGGCGCAAUGGACGACUGCAUCAGCUCCAACAGGUGGCGUGGGGGGAGGGGCUCCCCGCCAACUCGAGGCAGGGGCUCCACAACGCUCUGCCAGGCUCCAACCAUGGUGUGGAAGGUGAAGGCAACCAAGGACAGGUCGAAGCAAAAGAAGGUGUCCUUCGCUGACCCAAUAGCAACUGAACUCAAGGCUCCCAGACCCACCCUGCGCGACGACAGCAUUAUGCUCAUCAAGGAGAAGGAGGCCAGCAAGGAGCCUGAGCAAGGGGGCACAGCCAACGUAACCAACAACACCGUCAACCCUCUCACCAUUGAGCAGCUUGCUAUCUGCUCUUCAGUCGAUAAAGUGAGAAAGAGGUCAGCAAGGAGCCUGAGCAGGGGGGGCACAGCCACUGUCAUCAACAACACCGUUAACCUCCUCACGAUGGCCGGGAUGGGCGAGGAUGUGCAGCAGGCUAUUAUCGAGACACUCAAGCUGAUGGAGAGGGAGCUCAUUCUGCCAUGCAACAAUCUGCACUUCCAGAGGCCGAUUGAGCAGAACAAGAUGGAGGCCAUCCAGAUCCUGAUCGAGCAGGGUAACAAGAAAAGGAAGGCGAGCACCACCAGCAAGAGGAUGGCUGCUCAGGUGGUGCUGGAAGCCUAG